AUGGGGGAAAUGGAUGGGAAUGGGGGAAAUGGACGGAAAUUGACAGAUGGCUUGGAAAUUAAUGGAUUGACUGCAUCUAAUGGACUGCGAGUCUCGGCAGCCCAACUCCGAGCAUUGUGGUGUCACGACAAUGAAUGCGGGAGGAAGUACAUGAAGGGGUGUCCGUUACGAACUUGUUCAGCAUUAGAUGGAUUAUCAUGUGGAGAAGCUGAGGGUGAGGGACAAGGUCUCACAUCACAAGAAUUCGAAUUGUUGAAAAUUAGAAUUGGGGAAAUGUGGAGGAUAGCGUCGACUUUGUUCGAGGUAUUCAUCCAGAAGGGUGCAGAGUUGGAGGGUUACCGAGUCCGGGUUAGGACUGAUAAACCACUUAAUGUUUCCAUCAAACCACUGGAAGCUAUAGAAUUCGGUUGGAUAGCCCAGAUUCCAAAAGAGUUGGCUUUGGCACAUGUCUUUAAUAGGAGUGCACUUGAACCUAACGGAUAUUUUGGGGGACCGGUUAGCUAUAUGAACUGGUGCGAAACUAAAAAACAGAAGGUUGCAGUCAUUACAUGUGAGAGCCAUUCCAUGUGCAGGAUAUACUUGUCUGGUUCUCACGGUCCUGGCAAGGAGCUCAAGUGGGAUUACGGUCGCACAGAGAUGCCCAUACUUCAUGAUUGGUUCUUGCCUGAGUGUUGUCAGUUGUCCACUGUUGAUCCUGUAGAGAAGAAGCGGCAUGAAAAGUACAGCAGCAGUAGACGGAUCCACUGGUUUACAGAGUCGUGUGUCCUAUGUGGGGAGCUCUUUUCAAUUGCUAAUAAGGAAUUUAGAGUCCAGAGGAAGCAGCACUUCAUUGGAAAGCACGCAAACUUCCUGGGCAGUCUUUGGGAUGGAUGCGGCUCCUAUGAUUUAGAAAAAGUUUCUCGUGACACUUUGCUGUACAUGGCUGAAAAACUGAAUCAUUUCUUGAAUGAAUUGAAAACUAUGAAUUGGGGCUUGCUUCCUGCAUGCAAAGUCUUCAAUGAAGAGUAA